ACGGACCCAUUUGGAAGCGGAACCGGAAAAGCGGCGAAUCACAACUUCCACACAUGUGUGGGGCAGAAACUCAGACUAACAAGUUGUGUUCUUUGUAAAACCGCGCAGAUUUAACACUGCAAUACCUUAAAAUCAACACAAAAUACACAAAAUAACUUGACGCCGCAGUGGAACAAACAAGAUGGCGGAGAUCGUCCAACAGCGGAUUGAGGACAGAAUCCCUGAGCUGGAGCAGCUGGAGAGAGUGGGACUGUUCACCAAAAAAGAAGUCAAAUCCAUAAUUAAGAGAGCAACAGCUCUGGAAUACAAGCUCCACAGGCUGAUCGUGAACAAAGAGGACUUCAUAGCGUACAUUCAGUAUGAAAUCAACAUCUUAGAGCUGAUCAAGAAGAGAAGAGCACACAUAAGGUACAAGUUCAAAAGAGAAGAAAUUGAAUUUCCCAUCAUCCAGAGAAUUAAUAGUAUCUUCAAAAGGGCAACAAAUAAGUGGAAGGAUGAUGUGCAGCUAUGGCUUUCACAUGUUGCUUUCUGUAAGAAAUGGGGCACUAAAGGGCAGAUCAGCAAAGUGUUCUCAACCAUGCUUGCCAUCCACCCUGACAAACCAGCCCUCUGGAUAAUGGCUGCCAAAAGUGAGCUGGAAGACAGAGAUUCCUCCGAAAGCGCCAGACACCUGUUUCUGAGGGCUCUGCGCUUCCAUCCAAACAACAAGAAGGUCUACCAGGAGUACUUCCGUAUGGAGCUGCUGCAUUGUGAGAAGCUGAGGAAGCAGAAGCAAGAGCUGGAGAGGGCUGCGAUGGACCUGGGUGAAUAUGAGUUCUCACCAGAGAUCCUGAGUGGUAAACUGGUCGAGGUUGUUUACAGAGACGCUACAGGGAAGAUCAAAGAAGCGGCGUUUGUCAUCUCACUCUUGAAUAUCGCAGCUAUCUUUGACUUCACUAAACAACUCCAGGAUUCCAUCCUGCAAGAUUUACAGACUAACUACACAGAGGACAGUGUGACUUGGGAUUUCAUGGCCAAGAGGGAGCUGGAUGCGCCAGGGGCAGGGGAGGAGCUGCAGUCUGCUAAAGGCCGAGCCUCGGACAUCAACCGAAGAGAAGAACGCUGCUGCCAGGUCUAUGAAGAGGGAGUCAAGAGUCUCAACACUGAGUCAAUGUGGACUUGCUAUGUAGCCUUCUGCUUGGAAAGGCAGAAAAGAAAAACCAACGUCCAAGAGCUGAAGGAACAGCGGCAGGAGAGGCUGUUGGGAGUGCUGCACCGUGCCCACGAUGGCUCACUGUUGAAGGAGGAUUAUUACAAGAACUGGCUGCAGAUCCUUCUUUCAUCUGGAGAUGCUGAGGGAGCGGCCAGUGUUGCCAUGGCAGCCACGCAACGGUAUAGCCAAUCAGUGUCAGUGUGGAGCCUGAGUCUGCAGACACUAAUUCAACUGGGGAGCGCAGACGUGGGCAAGCUAUUCCAGGACGCACUCACACAUGUUGAUCCCAAGGAGAGUUUGCCUUUAUGGCAGCUGCAGGUCCAGUGGAGCGUGGCCAACCAGAGUCCUGAAGAGACAGAAGCAGUCUUCAAGAGAGGUCUGCUGUCUGCAGUGCCGGCUGUUGCCAUGGAGAUGAAAGCAGCCUACCUUGAUUGGUCGCACACCACUGGGGGCUACAAAAAAGCUAGAAAGACCUUUACAAGUUUACAGGAAAUUCGCCCCUUGCCCAAGUCUUUCUUCAUCCGAAUGAUUGAAAUUGAGAAGCAACAAGAGACUCCAAAGAUGAACAAUCUAAGAGACUACUACGAGAGAGCCCUGCAGGAGUUCGGCUCCUCAGAUGAUGACCUGUGGCUGGCGUACAUCCAGGAGGAGCUGGGACCACUGGGCCAGCCUCAGAACUGUAGCAAGAUCCACUGGAGGGCCAUGAAGUUUCUAGAAGGGGAGAGUGUGGAAAGAUUCACCUCCAAAUACACUCUACAUCAGACCGGCCACAUAUAAGUAGAUCUGUCGGGUUCAAAUGGUCAAAGCCUGUACGUUCACAUAACUGUUGACUGUCUACCACAACCAGCUCAGUUUGGACACAGGGUUUCUCUCGUUUUGUUCUCUGGGGCCGAAAUGAAAUGUUUGACUGCUGUUUGUCAUGAACAGGCCUGUCCUUUCCUCAGCAGUUCGUUCCAACGGUGUUUGGAAGAAAUGUUCCACAAUGUCACGGUUUCAUUGAUGAAGCUGCAGGAUUUGAUUCACAGCUGCUACAUAUUUUCACAUUUUUCUAUACAAUAGUUUUUAUGCUAAUGUUUGAGUAAGUACAGUAUUCAAGAAGUUAAAAUUAAUAAAACAUUUAUUUGGCAGUUUGACGUCACAAAUUUGAUGCUGUUAUGAUGAUAUUAAAACAGUCUUUCUUUCUUGA